AUGUACACAACACUUACCCAAGCGCUGCGUCAUUGGUCUGGGGGGUUCGCGUUUGCGGACUUGGUAUUCGAAGCCUCCAUUGGACCUCACUUGGACAAGAUCCCAGAUCAACCAUGGACCCCAAGGGACGCGCCCUGUGCUCUGCAAGGCUGGCGACCAGCUCUUCAAUCGCGACAUCGGUUGCCCAAACUAGUGCACUUUGAAGCGCCUAUCUCUGCCGCUGAACACAUCCUCAGUGUCCUCCCUGCAACAUUGGAAAGGCUACUUCUUAUCGCCUAUCCACUCAAUGACUCGAGGUUCUUCAAACGACUGAUCAUUCCUGCUUCUGCUUUACUCCACGUACUGUCUCGUGUCGAAUUCCCAGGUCUUCGUUCACUGGAGCGUUCGAUGCUGAUAUUCCUGGCACCCGCGACUCUGAUGCUCCCUUUGCACGCCGAGGCCACUACCAAGCUUCACAGGCUUACGUCGAUAGACUAG